CAUAUUGGGUUGUUCGUGGGGAGGGUUAUCCGUCGUGAUUUCCGUAUAAACCCGAAUAUUUUACGCUGGAAAAACAAAACUAGGAAUCAUUCUACACAACGAGAGGUGAAUCAGAAGAGGUUUUGACUCCUAUUUGCAGCGUUCAAGCCUCAUCGUCCUCUUCAAUAUGCCUCUAAUCAAGAGGCUUAUCGAGCCGACUGAGCUCAGCCGAGGAAAACUAACAAGYUCUUCAGCGAGUGAACUGGAGGCUGUUUCAGURAAUACUUUAUGUGGAAUUAUGAGACAGCUUAGUAGUUUGUCUAAACAUGCAGAAGAUGUAUUUGGAGAAUUAUUUACUGAAGCUUCUAAUAUCCACAAGAGAUCGGAGUCUCUGCAAACCAGAAUACAAAGUCUCUCGAUGAAAGUGACACAGUUAGAUUCGGCUGGCGAACAAAUAUCCUUACAAGAUAUCAAUUUAAGGAAGGCAUUUAAAAGUACAAUUGUCACAGACCAGCAGGUUCUAUCAAGCAAUACUUUACCAACUGCAAUGAAAGAACGCUACUUAACUUGCAGUGAGCCGCCAAGGCUGCGAGAAAUGAAUCCAUACCGCGAUGAUGAUAAAGACGCUCUCAAGUUCUACACAGAUCCUACUUACUUCUUUGAACUCUGGUGUGAAGGAAUGAAGAAGGAGACAGAGAGAUACAARAAGAGAAAAAAAACCCCUCGUACUCGAACAGGAACAAGAGCCAAGGCUCCAGUCAAGGCUGUCAAGAGAAAGAUUUAUUGUGCACAAGGAGAGGAGUUCAAAAACCUUCACAUUAAUGCCACCACUCAAAAACAUGCAGAAACAAUCCAAGAUACAACUCCAGAAACGAAGCAAAAUGGUGGAAUCCUAGAUGUGGAUGAACACAUCCUUCCUCCUCCACAACCCUCAGCAGCCUCCCCAGGGCAAAAAAGAACGUCAAGAAGAUAUACCCAGAAUCAGAAUGUUCACAGGCCAACAGCGGCRCCACCGCCACCACCAAUGCCAGGCAUGGGUGCUCCUUCUCCUUCACAUCAARCCAGACCAGUUGGCGCACCACCACCACCUCCUCUUCCUGCUGGAGUGCCUGCCCCACCACCUCCCCCUCCCCCKCCAAUGCCUGGGGCAGGGCCACGUGCACCAAAUGCUCCAGCUCCACCACCUGUUGGUGGACCACCUGCUCAGUCACCUUCAACAAUGUCUCUGUCCACUUCUGAGUCCACAUCAAGUGUUGCCAGUGAGGCCCAAAUGCCACCAGCAGUUUCUGCAGCAGUGGAUAGUAGGAGUGACUUGCUAGCGGCCAUUCGUCAAGGUAUGGCAUUGAAACGGACUCAGGUGCAGGAGAAAAAGAAGGUUAAGGAAGAUACCAAUGGAGGAAUGGAUGUUGCUUCAAUUUUAGCCMGACGAAUCGCUGUAGAAUAUUCUUCUAGUGAGGAAAGUGAGACCGGGUCUGAAUGGGAAGAUGAAGAUGAGUGAAUAAUUGUAGAGAAUUCUUAGCUAUUUUGUAUGAAUUGAAAUAACCAAAAAAACUAUAAUCUCAUAAAAAAUAUUGUUAUUUUGGCCUUCUAGUAGAGAGUAGAGUGCAUUUCAAAUUUGUGAAAUAAAAUCUAAAUAGAGUGAACACACUUUUGUGAAAUUCAGCAAAUGGUGUCCAUAAAGAACACUGGCGAUUCAAAGGAUGYUCUACWAUAUUUUCAGAUUUACUGAAAAUUUGUGUGUAUAAUUUCAUGCAUUAAUAAGUGCUUCAACUCGACUACUCAUAGUGUAUACCAUACACCAUUUCUCAAGCAAGAACAUUUUGAAAUUAAGCCAAAUAUAAAAGUGACAAUAUCUUGUUACAGCUGAGCUAAAAUAGUUAAUGAAUAAUAACUAUUGAGAAAAGAUUGAGAUUUCUUUUGUAACAUGAAAUGCAGUCUAGUAGACAUGAGGUAUUAGUGGUUAUACCAAAUUAUGUCAACCAGCUUUGUUUCAAAUGAAUAGGGUCUUCUMGAGUGGUUUUCCAAAACCCAUGGAAUGGUUAUUAAUACAAACACAAUUUUAUAGACAAUUCUUUUCUCAGGGUUUGAUCUAGAGCUUGCAAAUUCCCCAACGAUAGAUUUGAAACUUCUUCUAUCAUCGCACAAAGUGACUACAGGGCAUACUUGUAUGCAACAGUUUCAUUACCCUAUUGAUUUGGCAAAUAAAGUCUUAUAUUUCAAAGACUUUAACUGCCAAGCAAAGGGAAGUUCUUGAAAACCCUCUUUGAGUAGAAAAUAAGUCACUCCUGUUAUCUAUAUACAUUACUUUCCAACACUGAGCUCUAACUGAAUAUUAUACUUACUAUUGAUGUACAGUCUUCAAUGUUGUUUUAUUUACAAUUUUAUAAUCCAUGCUUAAAUGUUUAAUUGACUUAUUUACGAUUUUAUAAUAGUUCUAAUCGGUACAUUGACCUCCAUUAAUGUCAAUGUAUCCACUAAAAUAUAUCAUAAUAUAAAAUUGUAAAUAAAACAAUUUAUGGUUUUAGUCAAGUGUGAAUCCUGAUUGCCAAUUCAAAGUAUUGCUGUACAUGCUAUUAUGUUUUCUCAAGUGAUAUUUUUGUACUAAAAUGAAAUUUAUGAAUAAACUGAGUAAUAAAUUG